CAACGCUCGAGUCAACCCGAGUCAAUCAAGUCAACCACUGGAUCGGUUUCGUGGCUGGCUGCUUUUUUGUGAUCCAUCGAUAUUAAUCACUCGGGCUUCUUUCGGUCUCCACCAACUAAGUUCCGACUAGACGGCAGUAGUGGUCCCCAUGGACUCCUGUGUACGCUGGUUCGCCAGGAGUGAUCAGCAUCUUUCCCAGUCUUUGGCCGGUGGAUCGAAUCUCCCAGGAACCAUGCUCGGAUCUCAUCGUGCCUUUUUUCCCCUUAACCGGCCGUCCCUCUCUGGUUGCCAUGAAAACCUUCUCCUCAUCCAUCCUCGCUUGCAGGGGCGAUCCCCUUUGUGACGUGGUUAUUGCCCUGUCCAGUGGAUCUUUGAUAAGCGCGCCGUGCGAACGAUCGAUUCAGCUGCUGAAAUUCCACCGCAAGUCCACCCACUGUGCAUCGAGUCUAUUUGGUGACUAUCAUACUACCGAUUGGAUCUGCUCCGGCCGUCCUGCGCGCCCUGAAGCCGGUUCAGCCUGGCUGUCACCGACUUGUCUGGACCACGUGUGAAAUCUCUUAAUAACUCAAUAAGAAGUCUGGUUCAAAACGUCCGACUCCUGCAGCAAGCGCCGCAAUUUCUGCUCUGCCUCUCAUCAUCGUCCUUGGGCUCAGUCUCCGCCUUGUCGGCGCUUCCUACCCUCCAUCACCCUGCUUCAUUGGUCGUGAUUGAUCGUUGCAAUCUCCCGACCAAACUUCCAAUUUUAACUUCCGCAUCCCCGCGGCUAAUGAUACAGUGAUCUCCAACAGUCAUUGCCCACUGUUGGUGUCAGAACGUCCCCUGGAUUGUUAUGGCACGGCGCUUCUGAG